GUGUGGCCUUUCUGUUUAGGUUGCACGUGCCAAAACGAUGUUGUUCUGUCAGUCAUCUUCAUCUAAUGGGUCUACAAAGUCGCUCCCUGAAACUCUAGGCAAAGCUGUCAAGAAAAGAAUUAGGGUAAUGCAUUCAGGAGAUGAAGAGUUUUUUUACAGAGAUACGCCACACACUGAUUACAGCAGGAAGAGACCCAGAACUAAAGGCAAACUCCGAGUACUACCUCUGUCUUCACCCAGCAGUAAUGAGGAGGAGUAUUCCAAGUAUUCAACCCCCAAGCACAGAUGUCAUGAAAAGGAAAAAGAAGAAAAUGAAGAAUUGCAAUCUGAAGUAAAACUACUGAGAUCAGUAAAUGUUACAGCUGAUUCAGGGUUUCAAGAAAAGCCUGUUGUUUUUGAUAGCAGUUUACCAUUGGAGGAAGCAGAUAAUCUUGUUGAAAAAUUACAGGAACAUGGUUUAGAUAUAGAGGAAUCACAUUUUCAAAAAAAUGAACAACUUGAAUCAACAGAGCCGUAUCUUGCUCUGAAAAGGGAAGAGCUCCGGCCUAGACUUAAACCAAAGAGGCUGUUCUCAUCCAUACCACUUGAGGAUGCUACAGAGAGAGUUUCUAAAGUGUUGGAGGAUGAAUCGGAAGAAGAGUUGGGGGCAGGUGUCAGAUCUGCAUUUCACUCCUUUAAGACUCAGCUGAGAGCUCAUUUUUCUAACAGGUAUAAAAGAAUCGAGGCUAGAUCACUGCAGUCCUUAACAGACUGUCAAAGAAAUGUGACCUCUCUCUUGGGAACUGUACAUAGUCAAAGACUGUUACAUUUGGAGCAUUUCCAGACCAGUGUGGUGCAGCAGCUGGAAUGUUUGGAGCAGGACUGCCUGACUCUCAAAUCCAUCGAGAAAGAAACUCUGAAUUUCUGGCAGUUGGAGGCUAAUACAGUUCGAGCUUUCUGUGAUCAACAGCAAAAGAGGUUGGAUUCUUUGACAAUCUCUCAGGAAUCUGCUGAUGCUUCAUACAGUCUGUCAGAGAGCCAAGAGACCCAAGUCAAUGUGCUUGCAGAUCUUACAGCCUCUCAGUGUCCUCCAGGACAACUGUUGACAGAGGGUUCGUCUGCAGACCCCUCAUAAGACGACGUGUGAUUUUUGGUUUAGUUUUUCUGUAUAUGGGAAUGUCUGCACUUUAUUAAAAUAUCUGAUGUGUGUGUGUCAUAAUAAUAAUAAAAACACAGAUCAUCAGG